AUGAAGUCGGUUAUCUACGACCGCCUGCUACAGCGGGAACUGGGGAAGCCCGGGUCCUAUGCUGGAAUUCGCGGGAUCUACGGCGAUAAAGUCUGGGUCGAUGAUAUGGAUAUUGUAAAUGAGUUGGGUGGCCACACAGGCUGCGUGAAUGCUUUAAAUUGGUCUACCUCUGGAAAGCUUCUCGCAUCGGGAUCUGACGAUCAGCAUGUUAAUAUCUACUCAUACCAGCCAGAAUCUACGACCUCCCCAUUCUUCCUUAAUACUACGAUCCUUACCGGUCAUUCAGCGAAUAUAUUCUCUGUCAAGUUCAUGCCGCAUUCAAAUGAUCGGACGCUGAUAUCAUGCGCUGGAGAUUCAGAGGUUCGCGUGUUUGAUAUUGAAUAUUCCGGACGGUCCGCAAACACUGCUGUGGCAUCUGCCAGAAGUCGGAGAUUCAACAAUUUCUUCAAUGGAAUGUGGUAUCUGACAGAGGGAAAUACGAACUGCAGAGUCUACAGAUCCCAUGCGGAUCGUGUUAAGCGCAUAGUGACGGAGUCGUCUCCUUAUUUGUUUCUUACGUGCUCGGAAGAUGGAGAAGUUAGGCAGUGGGAUUUACGGCAACCUUCCUCAGCUUAUCCGUCUCCUCGAGGUGGGCAAGGAUUCAUGGCGUACAGACCCGGUUUACACCAUGAUGAUUCCAAUGUCCCGCCACCUCUCAUCUCGUACAAAAAGUACCAUAUCGAUUUGAACACCAUUUCUUGUGCUGCGAGUCAACCCCAUUACAUUGCUCUUGGUGGCGCACAUCUUCACUGCUUCUUACACGACCGGCGGAUGAUGGGAAGAGACUUAUUGGAAGAAAGAGGACAAACGGGAAGCCUCUCUGGCAUUUCCUCCCACGAUGAUGAAGUCAUGGGACAGGCGACCAGAUGUGUUCGAAGAUUUGCUCCAAAUGGCCAGAAGAAGAUGAGAAGCCGCGAUAACGGCCAUAUCACAGCAUGUAAAAUCAGCUAUGCCAACCCUAACGAGAUGAUAGUGAGUUGGUCUGGUGAUCAUAUCUACAGCUUCGACCUUAUUCGCAGUCCCGACGCUCGAGAUGGAGGGGAAGAUAGGCAGUCAACCCAGCAGGAAGGCUCAGGGUCCGGCAGGGCGAAGAAGGAUAAGAAUAGAAAAAGAAAGCGAGGGAAGGCAGUGUCACCAACUUCCUUAGCCAGUAGUACCAGACAUCAAUCACGGCUUAGGUCCGAGGAUGGACACGGUGGCGAAGACAUGUCAUUUAGGGUUAGGUACGGGAAUGGCGAGUCCGAAGACAUUCCACUCGAUUCACUCUCCGGCUCCAGAGCGACUGAUGUCCCUGAAGAUGUGUUGGAGAGAGCAAGGGAGUCUGUUUUGAACGAGGCCCAGAAACUGAGUCUCCGCAUUGCAAAGGGCCUUGUUGAAAUUCGAAAGCUCUUAUUCUCAGUAGACCGCCCCAUGAGAGAAUUUGCAGAGGCAUCACCAGCCUCUGGACCAACGCCGUACACGGCUUCGUUUACGUCAGUUCUCGGAUAUGCUGCAACUUAUCUCCCGGAAAUGGAUGAAGUGAUAAGGACUUGGAGAUACCCUCUUAACCCUUCUCACGAUGACGUUCUCUUCCAGCAAGCAUUGCGUAGAAACCGCGAAUCAUCCAGAAGAUUUGUUCAGGCGUCAGGAACGCUUGCAAGGGUCCUAGGAGGGCGAUUACAAACUGCAACUGGUGGCGAAAGCCCUCAGCUGGCGCUGUUUCGUAAAAUUGGCCCUGCGCCCACAGAGGAUGGUAUGAUUGAUCCUUCAUCACAGUUUGGAUAUGACUUCCUCAAAGCUAUUCUACUGUGGCUUGAAGGGGGCAGACAAGCGAUAUUGGAAGGUUUCAAGCGACGUGGUGUCAGUCGACGCGAUGCUGACAGGUUUCCAUUGCUUGAAAGUGCUGAGGACGAGGCCAUUGAAGAGACGUUGAUUCCAUAUUUCCGUGAGCUCGCUGGUACCGAGCCAAUCGUUAACGUUGACGCUUCGAGGUUCGAGCAUAAUGAAUCCCGCAUCUUGUUUGAGUCUCAGUCCAGUGCUGUCGAGGCGUUCGCGCAAGCAAUUAGAGUUCCACUAGAAGACCUUGUCGUAUCUGCUGCCGCACGUCAAGCCGGGGAUGGAGAUGGUUCGGAGACCCGAACGAUUCUUUCUCUUGAUAAGAAUGCUGCGAUCAGAUUCUGGGGCUUGAAAGUGGGGAGAGGCAUCUUGAUGGAAGUGGGCGAAGGUGUCAAUUUUGAAUUCGUUAACCGUGCCUUUGGUGGUUUACGAACUGUCAUUGAAGAAGAUGAGGAUGAAGACGACGGUAGGGAAAGGUUACAAGAGGACAUAGACCCAGAUGAAGAAGAGGAACCGAUCUCAGAGGUCCGAUUGAUAACAGGUCGGUCUUCUUCGAGUCGGCGACGACAUCAUGACACGAGUGAACAGAAUGCAGAGCCGCAAGAGACAUCAGCUACAAAUGCGACUGAACACUCAGAAGAUCAAAGGGCUAGUGCUGAGACUGAUGAGGAAGAAGAUGACGAGGAUGAUUCUGAAGAGCUGGAUGAGGACGAUGAGGAGGAGGAGGAUGAUGAUGAUGACGAAGACGAUGAGAGAGAUACCUCUGAAAGUGAUGAAGAAGAGGGACGACUAUUUAUCCGGAAUUCAUCUAGUGGCCGGCGACGAGGGGUGGAGAGCCAUAUUCCUUGCUCCUCACAUUUAAGCGUUUACCGAGGACAUUGCAAUAUCAAAACAGUCAAAGAUGUGAACUAUUUUGGCUUGAAUGAUGAAUAUGUUGUUAGCGGCAGCGAUUGUGGAAACAUCUUCAUUUGGGAUCGAAAGACAUCGGAUUUAGUCAAUAUCCUUUCUGGUGACAGUGAUGUCGUGAAUGUUGUGCAAGGCCAUCCAUACGAGCCAACUUUGGCUGUAUCCGGGAUCGACAACACCAUUAAAAUAUUCUCACCGGAUGCCCGAGCACAACAUGAUGCCAGCGUUGGUAUCAACAUCGCUGAUCCCGAUGCACAGGCUAAUAUUGUUGCUGGAAAUCCUGCUGGAGGCAACCGAACCGAACGUAGUGCGCUAGGGCUUAGGAGCAGGAAGCGCAUGCAAGACAGCUAUCAAAUCACUAGCCAAAACGAUGUGAACCGACAAGGUGGAAUGAACGAAGCAUUCAUCACGAGAAGCAUGCUGGCCCGAUUAGCCGCGUCGCUGAGGGAAAGACAAGCCAUCAGGGUUGGAUUCAACACCACCGAGGGGGAGGAAGGGGGGAGGAUUGUGUUGGAUGAGAACUGUAAUUUAAUGUAA